GCGGAGGCCCCGGCCCAGCCCGGCCGCACGCGUGCGGGAGCCGCCCUCCGCCGCCGCCGGUUCGUGAAAUAUCCGUUUCCCUGUAGCGAGCCUGUACCCGGUGAAGGUAUCCUUGCCAAAAGUAAACGUACACUGACAUGCUGCUCCCUAUGGAUAGGGAACUGCCAGGCACCCAGUUCUUCUCUAACGUCCAGCUGUGGGAUGAUACCGUACCUCCACUGGUUUCAGCUAUGAAAUUUCUGUUGGUUUUUGAUUUUGACCAUACAAUCAUAGAUGAAAAUAGUGAUACCUGGAUUGUGAAAUGUGCUCCUGAGAAAAAACUUCCUAAUGGAUUAAGAAACUCCUACCGACCAGGACACUGGACAGAAUAUAUGGGCAGAGUCUUUGUCUACUUGGGAGACAAUGGCGUCAAAGAAGAGGAGAUGAAAAGAACUAUGACAACAAUUCCUUUCACUGCGGGAAUGGUAGAUCUUCUGGGUUUUAUUGGCGAGAACAAAGAGUUGUUUGACUGCAUAAUUGUUUCAGAUUCUAAUACAGUAUUUAUUGACUGGAUUUUGAAAGCUGCUGACCUCCAUAAGGUGUUUGAUGAAGUGUUUACAAACCCUGCAGCAUUCAGCAGUACUGGCUAUCUUACUGUACAGAACUUCCAUGCUCACCAUUGUGCAAAGUGCCCUAAAAACCUUUGCAAAAGGAAAGUUUUAAAAGAAUUUCUAGAAAAACAGUCAGAGCGAGGAGUAAGUUAUACACAAAUUGUAUAUAUAGGUGAUGGUGGGAAUGACUUAUGUCCAGUAAUGUUUUUGAAGAAGGAUGAUAUUGCUAUGCCCAGGCAGGGGUAUACCUUGGAGAAAAAGAUUUCUCGGCUGGCCCAAGAUCUCAGUCCUGUAGAGUGUUCUGUUCUGGUUUGGUCAUCUGCUACUGAAAUUAUGUCUUACCUGAAAGUGCUUAUAAAGAAAUAAUUCAAAUGAUAAAAGAAAACUAAUGUAUUUUAUCUUCCUGGGAGAGAAAAACUGCAUGUGUAUAAAAGCGUAAAAUUGGGUUGUUAUCUGAACUUAUGUUUUUUAAACACAAUAUAAAACUGUUUAUGUUCAAUCUUGGCAAUAGUGGGAAAGUGAAGUUAAAAUGGCUUUCUAGCAUAGUACACAUUCCAACAUAAGUGGAGAAGUGGGGUUGCAAGAGGAAUUGCCAUUAUUCUUAGUCUUAUCCCUCCCCCCCAAGCCUUUACCGACUACAUAACUGACCUUUUCUGUUCCACGCGCUUAGGGGAAGGAGUAGGAUUAGCGCACAAAAGAAUGAAAUUCUUUACUUACAAAACAUUAGGUGCAAGGAGCAUGGAACUGUUGGCUUUUAUACUUCUUUGAUCAGGAUAAAUGGUUAAUUUUGUAUAUUAUUUGGUAUGCUUGUAAUCUUGUUUGAUCUGAAGAUGCAUUUAUAUUUUCAAUGUACUAAAUAUUUUACCAAACCAAAUUACUUUUUAAUAGUUUGUAUUAUCUUGUAUUGUAAAGACAAUAAAAGUUACUGUCACUG